UCUUUCCUUCAGCGGUGCAACUCAUGAACACGUUUCCUUCCUUCUUCACACCUCCACCCAACACACCAACGAUCCAGUCAGUGUGUAAGCCCUGUCUUCGGGCUCCGUGGAGGAUGAACGAUGUUCCCACAUUUGACUAUGAGUUGCUGCUGUCCCCGGCCAGCUCCUCCCUCCCCGGCAGUCCUGGCGGUGGCAGCAGCAGCCCUCCUCUGGCCUUGGUCGGGGUGGACACUGAGCAGCGUACUGCCUUGGCUUUUGUAGGCCUCCUCAUGCUCUUCCUGGUCUUCCUGCUGGUCAGGUGCUUCAGGAUCCUGCUGGACCCCUACAGCCGCAUGCCUGCAUCAUCCUGGACUGACCACAAGGAGGGACUGGAGAGGGGUCAGUUUGAUUAUGCACUGGUGUAGGGGGAAAUGUAAAUUUGGCAUGGACAGGGAAUUUUUGUUUGCACAUUGAGACUAUUUGAAAGCAUGGGCUAGUUUAGAACUUAAGAAUGGAGACAAUAAGUCAUAUUGUGAAUGCACUGUAUGAGUGGGGUUUACCUGUAUUUAGAAUAAUCCUGGGUCAUAUCACUGUGUAACGAUGUACAUACAUAAGAGGCUGCAGGAAAUACAUAACAGUGACAACUGUAGUUCAACUAGAGGCUCACCUUGCAGGCAAAACACUCACUUAAGCCCAGAUGUAUGACCACAAAGGACGGAUGUAAUAAGCUGCACAGCUGCCUUAACCCGACCGAUUAGCCAGAUAUACCACCACACAGCAGCAUCACUUUAGGGCUAGGUUUUCCAAACUCCAAAGUUCAUCAGUUGCAAAACACAAUAUGAUUUUAGGAACUUUCACACACACAACAUAGCUCAUGACCUCAAAGCGCUCCAUGUGUGUAACACAGGCGAAAUCAAAUCAGAGAGUUUACAGUUCGGCAGACGCCCCUUUAAUGAAGCAAGGCCCAUGACCAAGCGUCCAAGUUUCAAGUGCUGCUCAAGGAGCACAAAGGUUAUUAUUUUUUAAGCUGAUUCUGAUUGUGAAACUGAUCCUUGAGCCGCACUGCAGCUGCAGAUGCUUUCUAAAGCUCAUGCAGGUAGUUUGUGUCUCCAUGAGAUUUUUUUCUGUGUAUGUUUUCUGUAUUGCUGUAUCUAUAACUGACAAGCCAUAUUAAAAA